GUUGGUGUGAUGUGCUUUCCUACAUGGACAUUUUUACGCAACUGUUCGUCGUGUUUGCGAUGGAGCGAUCAGUUUCUUAGUGGUUGAGGCCACUUUUAUUUUUUAGUUUUUCUAUACUUUUACAAAACUUUUAAAACCGGAUUUAUGUACGAUCAGUAACAUCGCGAAACGUGGUUCUAUAAGUUAAAAGUUUCAUCAUGAUGCAGAAUUUCCAUCGCUUGACUCUGUUUAUAUGGCUCGUAUCUCUUCUAACCUUAUCAGUUAGCGAUGAAAUUAAAACAGAUGGUACGAAUUUGACGUCCGCGUUAAAUGCAAGACUUACAGAUAAUGCAACCAAAACUGAACAUCGAAUUUCAGCUGAAAUUACGCCUGAAUCGACUAAUUCAACGAAAACGCAGAACUAUGUUGCCACUCCUUCAGUUGCAGGAGAAGGUGGUCCAAUUCCAAUCAAUCCUAAUACUCAGCAAACAUCUACUACUUCCCACUUGACUUUAAAUAUACAAACUAAUUUGUCAAAGGAAGAAGAAGAUAAUCAGUAUGAGAAACAAAAAAAGUAUAUUUCUAAAAUAGUAUCAAGGAAAGGUGCAAACGAUAAAAGGGAUAAUACUUCUUCUGUUGAAGUUGUAUCAUCUGAUGAUACGAAGCCAGUGGUUGAACUUUCAACAGUACCAAGCGAUACUCAUAAUAAAGAUAAAAUUAACACAAAUAUGUAUAACUCCAAAUCAAGUAUUACUGACAAACACAUUGAUAAUGCUUCAACUGUUGUAAAUAAUACUUCUGCAGAUGUAACACAAAGAAAUAUAUUAACAAAUGCUCCGGUAACAGCAUCCACGGUUCAAGAACAUAAACCUAAACCGACUGCAACAGUAGUAGGACCUAAUAGCGAUAAAGAAGCAUUUAUACCCCAUACUAAGGGUUCACGCUUAGGAAUGCCAAAGAAAAUUGAUUGUGUUCUACCAGUUAUUGUUACACUCAUAGCUUUGCCUGUAUUGGGUGCUAUUCUGUACAUGGUUUAUAAGCAAUGUAGAGAUUGUUGGGAUAAGAGACACUACCGCAGAAUGGAUUUCCUCAUUGAUGGGAUAUACAAUGAUUAGUAUUUGCAAAAGUGAAAUUCCUUAGAAUGUUAAAUCAAGACGCUAUUAGGUUGGUGCACAUCAUUCGACGCUUUAUAUCCACCAACCCAAUACUCUUAUACAUAUGUACAACGUACACAGGCAAUUGACUUAUCCUGCCAUUGAUUACAUUUAUCACUUAUAUAAAUGGUUAUAAAUUUCUUGUUUUAUUGCAGCUUGCUUUACUCUGUAUUUUUAUCAUGCUACUGCCUUUAUAUGAGAUUUAUUAUUAUCGUUUGUUUUUAAAAUUGGAACAUAUUCAUACUUGUAAUUUUAGAUAAAUAGUGUACAGGAAAGACAAUAUGGAAAUAACAAUCCUAAUAUUGAUAUUUUUGACAUUCUAUAAAUGAAGCAAGGAAAGGCUUUAACUGUAUUUUGUAUAUAUUAAGGUAUGAUUAAAUGCAAAAAUAAUAUUUAGACGUGAAGAUGCAAUACAGAGACGCAAAAAUAGUGAACAUAUUAAAUUAAUUUUAAAAAUCAAUUAUUGCGUGUAUUAUAACUUGUUGCUAAGUACUCAAUA